AUGGAGUCAUCCGAGCAAGACAGUCGAACCUCCACGCCACGGUCAUUUACCGGCCAGAGCGUGUCUGCCGAGGACAUGCUCAAGUCGCAAACCGUCGGUCUCGUGCAUCUGUCCGACUUUCGCAAGCGGCGCGCGGAGGUCCUGGAGCAAAAGGAACGUGAGGCACAUGAUAAGUCGCUUGGGCGACUGGCAUCUGGUAAUUCACGAAGCGCAACUCCCUCUGCUGGCGAAGUAACUGACGGGUCUUCGACUCCCCGAAGCGAUGCCCCUCCCAAGAAGAAGAAAAAGAAGGCGCUUGCCAAGAGCAAACUUUCCUUCGGUGAUGAUCAUGACGACACUGGGGAAGAGUCCGCCGCAACGCCGCGCGAUUCGAGCGUCUCGCGAUCCGGUUCAAAAACACCCAUCGAGGAGGGCGCGACAUCCGCUGCAGCUGUCCGUCGCAUGAAGGCGAACCCGAAUGCGCCACCUCCUCCGAAAGCAAUGACCAAGGCUGCGAUGGAAGCAGAGGCCCAGGCUCGCGAUGCUUUGCGGAAGGAGUUCUUGGCGAUGCAAGAAGCGGUUAAGGAUACUGAGAUUGCCGUCCCCUUUGUCUUUUUCGAUGGUACAAGUAUACCUGCUGGAUCGGUUAAGAUGAAGAAGGGAGACCACAUUUGGCUGUUCCUAGAUCGAUGCCGUAAGGUUGGCGCUGAGCUGGGAGUUGGCGGAGCCAAUGGAGCCUCCAAGGCACGCAAGGAAUGGGCACGUAUCAGUGUUGAUGAUUUGAUGCUUGUCAAGGGCGAUGUCAUUGUCCCACAUCAUUAUGAGUUCUACUAUUUCAUCGCCAACCGAGUCCCAAGUUUCUCUCGGACUGGCGGCUUGCUUUUCAACUAUUCAGAUAAACCUGCACCAGCCAAGUCAAACGACGAUGACCCACUUUAUCGCCCCAGUGAUCGCAAGUUAGAAGGCGCCGAUAACGACGCUACCGAAACCAAGGUCGUAGAUCGACGUUGGUACGAAAAGAACAAGCAUAUAUACCCGGCCAGUCUCUGGAACGAGUAUGAGCCGGGCAAGGAGUUUGAAGAAAAGAUGACGUCCACGCGGCGUGAUGCACAGGGAAAUACAUUCUUCUUUUAG